AUGAAAGACAUUAAGGGUGAACUGGUUAAAGUAGAAGGUGAAGUCAUUGAGCAUAAAAAGAAGAAAUUGAACAGAGAUGUUAAUGACUUUAAAAGUAAUUUGGUUUACUCUUGGCAACGAAAACGGAAAAAUGGUAGAUUCCAAGGGAAAAAUGCGGAAGUGAGAUUGCGCAGUAGGUACAGCUGGAAAUGGAGCAGCAGAACAGAGGGAAUUUUUGAGAAAACAACAAAUGCAAGGGUAGAGCAAAGGGACACAAUAGGAAAUACUGAACUAUUGACUGUCACUGAUGAAACUAUUGUUUCCUUUAACUUGGGACUUAUUGCUACUGAAAAUGUAAGUGUUACAGAUUUACGUGUAGUUAGUCUUAGUGACUUUAUUGUCACACCAACGAUGCAAAAAGUGUUAACGAAAGGUGGCAAGUUUGUCCCAACUAAGUUUCCUGCACUUACAGAUGUUUUGUUAGAUGUCAAACGCUUCUGUCGAAAGUUAUAUUUAAAAGUUUUUUUCAACAGUCAGAUUAUUUCUAAUGACAUGGCUUCGGAUAGAAACGUUAGUUUAGAUGACUCUCUUUUGGAGUUAUCUAUAUACGAUUAUGAAAGUCUUGAAAAUGAAUUUGAUAAUUUGGUUUCUGCUGAUUCUGUUGAAACUCGUUUUUUUUUACUGGUUACGAUCAGCCCUGGAGCAAUGCAUCCUAUUUUGAGUGACAAACUGCAGUUCCCUUCGUUUUUGCGUACAGUAAGUGGCAACCAGUUUCAGAAUUUUGCACUGGCCCAAUUAAUAAAGAGAUUUGGCUGGACGUGGGUAGGCCUGCUAACAGCAGAUAAUGAUGUUGGUAUAAUAGGGAGCCAAGACCUCAAGACACAAAUUGAGAAAACAGGAGGAUGUGUUGCAUUUCAUGAAAAAAUACAUGCCCUUUAUCCAUAUGAGAAAUUUUAUCAUAUCACUCAGCUUAUAAGGCAAUCUUCUGUUAAUGUGAUUAUUAUCAACAGUGAUGAAGUACAUACAAAAGCUGUACUGGAUUCUCUUUAUGUGCAAAAUGUGUCUGGGAAAGUUUUAGUUUUAUCAGUGUUGUGCAUCAUCACACCAGGCUUUUUCUCAAAAGAAACAUGGAAAUUAUUAAAUGGGACUAUAGGGUUAGUACCCUAUUCAAGUAAUAUGCCUGGAUUUGAAAAUUUCCUAGAUAAUCAACACCCUUUUACAUUUCCUGAUAACAUAUUUAUUAAAUCAUUCUGGGAAAUUGCUUUUGGUUGUAAGUGGCUAAGAAAUUAUGACAAGAAAAGAAAUGAUUCUGAAGACCUGAUUCAAGGAUUUUCAGUAUGUGAUGGAAUGGAACAAUUUAAUAAUGAUCAUCUUUGGAAUUUAUUUGAAUUAAGUGAUCUAAGUAAUACUUACCAAGUGUAUCUUGCAGUGUAUGCCUUUGCACAUGCUUUAGACAGCCUUACUUCUUGUAGCAAGGAACACGGACUCUUUGUUAAUGGCUCUUGCUCUACCGGUCAUGAUAUUCAGUCGUGGCAGGUGCUCCAACAUCUCAAAAGUGUUUCGUUUGUCACUAAAACUGGUGAAAAAAUGCAUUUUGAUAUCAAUGGUGAUGCAGUGGCAAUGUAUGACAUCAUCAAUGUACAAAUAAAUGAACAGGACAUGUUUAGAACCAUCAAAGUUGGAAGAGUCAAUCCUACUGCUCCCCAGGGAGAAGAAAUGAGCAUAAACAUGAGUGCCAUUUUAUGGAAUGAAAUAUUUGAUCAGGUGCCAACCUCAUUAUGUAGUGAACGUUGCUCAGUGGGAUAUCGAAAAAUUGUGAAAAGGGGACAGCCAGUGUGUUGCUUUAACUGUGCAACAUGUUCAUCUGGAGAAAUUGCCAAUGAAACAGAUACAAAUGACUGCCUGAAAUGUCCAGAAGAUCAAUGGCCUAAUGAACAGCGAGAUAAGUGUGCUCUAAAAAACAUUGAAUUUCUCUCCUACAGAGAAGCUUUAGGGGUGACAGUGGCUACAGUUUCAGUUUCCAUGAGUUUUACAGCAGUUCUCAUCCUAUGUGUCUUUAUCAGAUUUCGAGAUACACCCAUUGUUAAAGCUAACAAUCUUGUUCUCAGCUAUAUCCUCCUCUCUGCUCUUACGCUUUGUUUCCUUUGCUCACUGAUAUUUAUUGGACAACCAAUGGAACUGACUUGUAUACUGCGUCAGACUGCAUUUGGUGUAAUUUUCACCAUUAGUGUUUCUAUAAUUUUGGCUAAAACCAUCACUGUAGUAAUUGCCUUCAGUGCAACAAAUCCUAACAGCAAAUUAAGGAACUGGGUGGGGUCAAAGAUACCAUAUUCUAUUGUUGUCUUCUGUUCCCUAAUGCAGAUCAUUAUUUGUAGCAGUUGGCUGUCUGUUUCCCCUCCUUUCCCAGAAUUACAUCUGAAAUCUAAGUCAAUUACAGUGAUAUAUGAAUGCAAUGAAGGCAAAAGGUUAUUCUUUUAUUGUAUGCUAGGAUACAUAGGUCUUUUGGCCACAGUUUCCUUUAUAGUUGCAUUCUUAGCAAGAAAGCUACCUGACAGUUUUAAUGAGGCCAAAUACAUAACUUUCAGCAUGUUUGGGUUUGUAAGUGUUUGGCUGUCCUUUAUCCCUGCAUACCUGAGCACACAAGGGAAAUAUAUGGUCGCCGUGGAAAUAUUUGCCAUUCUGUCUUCUAGUGCUGGAUUACUAAUCUGUAUAUUUGGUACCAAAUGUUAUACUAUUUUACUAAGGCCAGAUCAAAAUGUUAAACAACGUUUAAUAGGGAAAUGA